AUGGCGACCGUCAAGGGCUCGGCCUCCUACAAGAAGAAGGACGGCGCUCUGCUCGUGCUCAAGGACUCGGUGACAUGGACGCCUGCUGCACCCCCGGGGGCACCGCCGUCACUGACGAUUCCGACGAGUACGAUUACUAACCUCCAAGCAACCCCAGCAACAACCGCCAAAGUAAUGAUCAAAGUCUUCGCCAAAACCACACCCGACAAAGACCCAGAGCAAUAUGUCUUCACCUUCACCUCCCCGCCGCCCACCGCGCGCACCGAAGCCGACGCCGUCAAAGAAGCGCUCACAACACGCAUCCAAGACUCAAAGAGCACCUCCGGCCCCGCCACCCCCUCCGCCGCCGGCGCCUCCGCCUCCUCCUCCUCCUCAACCAGCACCACCCUCCCAGACCCAUCCGACUGGUCCAAAUCACGCCUCGAGAACGACAUGGCCCUGCAGCAGUCCCUCCUCAAGUCCAACGCGGACCUCUCCAAAACAUUCAGCGAGGCCGUCCUCUCCAGCGCCGUCACGGCCACCCAGUUCUGGAGCACGCGCACGCACCUCCUGCGUGCCCAUGCCAUCGAACGCGAGCAGCGCCGCGGCCCGUAUAAUGUCCUCGCCACGAUCAAGCCCAAGACGGAGGACGGCGUGGGCAAGAUUAGCAUCUCGCAGGACGUCAUCAGGGACAUAUUUGACCAGCAUCCGCUGGUCAAGAGCGUGUAUGAUGAGAAUGUGCCCAAGAUCACGGACCAGGCGUUUUGGAUGCGGUUUUUUAUGAGUCGGCUGUUUAAGAAGUUGAAGGGCGAGAAGCCGCUGCCGACGGAUGGGACGGAUGUGAUCUUUGAUCGGUAUUUGCAUCGGGAUGAUGAAGAGAACUCGCGCAAGAGACGCCGCAUCGAGACACUCCCGCGCACCAUUGAUCUCGAGGGCAACGAGCAGAACCUCUCGCAGAAGCAGGGCAACAUGCCCGACCUCACCAUGCGCCCCACAAAGGUCGAGAACGUCCCGAUAAUCCGCACACUCAACAGCCUCUCCCAGAAACUCGUAGAUCUCGUCGCACCAGCCGACAGCGACCCCACCACAACCGAAGACCAAGACUCCCUCACCAUCGCCUCCCAAACACUACACGACCUCCGCCCCGACCCCACCGAGGAACGCAUAAUCCUCAACAUCCGCGACCAGCGCCGCUUCUUCUCCGGCUCCGACUCUGACGCCGCCGCCGCCGCCUCCGCAUCACCGUACGCAACCCUCGACCCGUCCGCCGUGCUCUCGCAGCUACGCGGGGCGCUCGGCGAGCGUCCUAUCGACCUUGAGUCACUACUCCCCAACGGCGACGAGGACGCCGACGAGGAAGAGGAAGCGGCGGGGGGGGAGAAAGGAGGGAAAGGGAAGAAGCGCCCCCGCCCCAGCGACGCCGCAUCACAAGUCAUAGCCGCCGUGCAAUCGCGCCGCGCCGCAAUGCUCGACGUCACCACCUCCGGCGCCGGCAGCUACAACAGCAGCCGCACCGGCGGCCUCCCGGCCUCCGUCUUCGAGAGCGUCACGCUGGUGCACGCGACCACCAACGAGUUCCUGCGGCACUUCUGGCUCGCGUUCCUGAGCGGGGAUGAGAAGCGCGCGGGCGACAUCACGAAGCUUGUUGCGAGCCUGGGCAACAGUAAGGCGCGGAUCGAGGCGAUCGCGGCGAUGGCGGAUAAGGAGCGGGAGGAGGAGCGGGGGCGGAGGAAGCGGGAGGCGCAGGAGGAGUAUAGGAAGACGGGGGUGAAGCCGAAGAAGCGGAGUAUGGAGGUUGGUGGUGGGCGCGGGGUGGUGGAGAGGGUGUUGGGGCCGACGGUGAGGGCCGUGGAGGUGGCGGUGGGAAGGUAUGGGAGUGCCGUGGAAGAGGCGGAGAGGGUUAAUGCUGCGGCGGCGUAA